UAAAAGCACACAGGUGUAGCACUGCGAAAGGUCUCAGAACACCAAGUACAGGACACACCAGAGACCAGGCUGAGAGAGACAGCGACAGAGGGCAACCAAUGUGCAACACAAUUUUGGAUUUCCACAGUUUACACACUGACAGAAGACAGGACCUAGAAAAUGAUGUUUGGCAUCAGGAAGCGCAUCCAGGACCACCUGGUGGAGCGAAGAAUCCGCCGAACCCGGCUGGUGACCAAAUAUGGCCAAUGCAACAUUGAAUUUGGUAAUGUGAAAUGCGGCAACCAGUUUGCCUUCCUCGUGGACUUCUGGACGACCUUCGUAGAGUUCCGCUGGCGCUUUGUCCUCUUCUUCUUCACCGUCUCGUUCACCCUGAGCUGGUUCAUUUUCGGACUACUGUGGUUCUGGAUCGCCCGGAGCAACGGGGACCUGACCUGGCAGAACCCCUCAAAAGGCCACAAGUACUGUGUGGAAAAUGUUUCCGAUCUCAUUACAGCAUUCCUCUUCUCCAUGGAGACCCAGACCAGCAUCGGGUAUGGUAUACGCGUCAUCACCCCUCACUGUUCUGGUGCUGUAACCCUCAUCAUUACCCAGUUUCUCAUAGGUUCUAUCAUCAACUGUUUCAUGUGUGGAAUCAUCCUGGCCAAGAUCUCCAUCCCUAAGAAAAGGGCCAAGACCAUCACAUUCAGUCAGACAGCUGUCAUCUGUCCUAAGAAGGACUUCCUUUGCCUCAUGAUAAGAGUGGCCAACUUACGCAAGACCCUGAUGAUCGGGAGCCAGAUUUAUGGCAAGUUGUUGAGGACAACCAACAAACCCAAUGGGGAGACAAUCAUCAUGGAUCAGGUGAACAUUGAGUUCAUGGUGGACGCUGGGAAGGACAACCUCUUCUUUGUGUGCCCUCUCACACUCUACCAUGUGAUUGACAAGGCUAGCCCUUUUUUUGAGAUGGCAGUGGACACACUCCAUAAGCAGGAGUUUGAGCUGGUGGUCUUUCUGGACGGCACAGCCGAGACCACCAGCUCAGCCUGCCAGGUCAGGACCUCCUUCAUCCCUCAGGAGAUCAUGUGGGGUUACAGCUUCCUGCCAAUCAUCUCCCGCAGUAAAGAGGGCAAGUACAGAGUGAACUUCUCCAACUUCUCCAAAGUGGUGCCCGUGGCCACUGCACAUUGUUCCUACUGCCUCCACAACAUGAAGGGACACCACCUCCACUCCAUUAACGGAAUCGACAACUGGGAAUUUGAAGCAAAUGAUAACUUAGAACAACCUAAUAUGACCAAGUUGUGAGUUUAUGUGGCUUGAGGAAUAGAAGACAGUUAUAGGUUGUACACGCUUAGAAAAAUGGAUGCUAAAUGGUUCUUCGGCUGUGCCCAUAGAAUAGCUAUUUUUAGUUUAACAUUGCAAAAAUUACAAAUCUGAUUACAAAUCCUUGUCUCAUCGCGCACCAGCGACUCCUGUGGUGGGCCAGGCACAGUGCACGCCAACCAAGGUUGCACAGUGUUUCCUCCAACACAUUGGUGUGGCUGGCUUCCGGGUUGGAUGCGCACUGUGUUAAGAAGCAG